GAAACAUCAGUAUUAUUUCUGUGGUGUAAAGUGCAGUUAACUGGGUUUCAAUAUUUGUCAUAAAAUGGAACCGAUUGAAGUUGAGUCGACUGAAUUUUAUCCCAAAGACAACGCUAAAGAGAAUCACACAACAGAAUAUGAUUUAGUCAACAACGCUGAUUUUCCAACACCUAUAUUAAGACGAGGAUGCAACUUUUUCUUGGCAAUACGAUUCAAUCGAGAUUUCGAUGAAACAAAUGAUGUUGUGCGAGUUAGAUUCGGAUUUGGACCCAAACCCAAUGUUGUUAGAGGAACAAGAGCAAUUCUGCCGAUCCUGGCAAGGCAAAAAGUUUUGCCCAAAAACACCUACAUGUGGUCGUCUUGUGUCACCAGAAUUGAUGGAAAUAUUGUAAUGUUACAAGUCCACAUCCCACCAAAUGCUCAAGUUGGAAUCUGGAAAUGUUCGAUUCAAACUAACAUUUCUGGUCAACGUGACAAACGCUACGAUUAUAAAGUCGAAGACGACAUUUAUAUCCUUUUCAAUCCUUGGUGCGAAGACGAUGGUGUUUACAUGCCUGAUGAUAAGGAAAAACAAGAAUAUAUACUCAACGAAAAUGGAAAAAUUUGGUGUGGUACGUUCAAAAAACCAGUAGGAAGGCAUUGGAUUUUUGGACAGUUUGAUGAUAUAGUGUUACCAGCGGCGGUACUUUUGCUGGACAAGUCGGGAUUGGCCCCUGCUGAUAGAGGGUCUCCGGUUUUGGUGGCUAGGGCGAUUUCAGCUGUGAUAAAUUCGGUUGAUGAUGAUGGUCUUCUGGAAGGGAGAUGGGACGGAAAUUACAGCGAUGGUACCUCCCCUCACGCUUGGACCGGUUCUGUGGCAAUUCUCGACCAGUAUCUUCGAACAGGAGGAACUCCAGUAAAAUAUGGUCAAUGUUGGGUUUUCUCAGCUGCUACUGUUUCCGUUUGUCGUGCUUUAGGAAUUCCUUGUCGUUCAGUGACGAAUUAUGUCUCUGCCCACGAUACAAAUUGUUCUCUAACCGUCGACAAAUACUUUGAUUUGUUUGGGAAUAAGAUUGAGAAUGGUCCUGAGGGAGACUGCAACGAUUCUUGUUGGAACUUCCACGUCUGGAACGACGUCUGGAUGACGAGACCUGACUUGCCUCCAGGCUACGGUGGUUGGCAAAUAAUCGACGCAACACCGCAAGAACAAAGCGACAAGAUUUUCAGAUGUGGUCCUGCUUCAGUGGAAGCGGUUCGUAAAGGUCUUGUUGGGUAUUUGUAUGAUACUCCAUUUGUAUUUUCGGAAGUGAACGCUGAUAUAAUUCACUUUCAAGAAGACCAAAACUCGGAUUGGGGGUUCUCCCGUUUAAAAAUCAACCAAUAUCAUGUGGGUCGCAAAAUUUUGACCAAACGCAUUGAUGUCACCGACGAAAAAGGCGAUUCCGAUUUGUGGAAUGUCACCUCUCUUUACAAAAAUCCCGAAGGGACGGAAGGUGAACGAUUAGCUGUGUAUAACGCUGUGAAGGGGGUUCCCAAAGCUCAGCAUCUUUAUGACUUUCCAAGUGAAGUUCAAGAAGAUGUGUUUUUUGAUUUAGUUGAUAUUGAUUCAAUUCCUUUUGGAGAAAAUUUUGAAGUGAAAGUUGAAAUGGAAAACCAAUCUGGGGAGAUGCGUACUAUUAGUGCAGUUCUCUCUGCAAGCUCAAUUUUUUAUACUGGAGUUACGGCAAAUCAAGUUAAACGUCUGCAACAAACCUUUACGUUGGAUCCUAAACAAAAAGAAACUUUAAAAAUUACAAUAACGCCGGAAGAAUAUUUGGAGAAAUUAGUCGAUCAUGGUUUAAUAAAAAUCUACGCUAUUGCUAAUGUGAAAGAAACGAAGCAAACCUGGAGUGAAGAAGAUGAUUUUACCUUGACAAAACCUGAAAUGAUUAUAAAAGUAGCUAGUGAAUGUAAAGUGGGAGAAGAUUGCAAUGUUGCUUUGAGUUUUCAAAACCCCCUGUCUCUUCCUUUAACAGAUUGCAAUUACACAAUAGAAGGGCCAGGUUUACAAAAACCCAAAACAGUUCGAUUUAGGGAUGUUCAGCCUAAGGAAAUUGUCAACAUAAGCGAAUUUUUCAGAGCCAAAAGGCCCGGAGAAAGAAGAAUUGUUGUUAAUUUUAACUCUAAACAAAUGCAAGGCAUUUCGGGUACAAGCAAAGUUACUGUUGCUUGAAAAAUUAAAUAUGUCAAAGUUGUUGGGCAAGAAGAAGAAUUAUUUUAAUAUAGUUUGCACUUUGCAAUAUUGUAUAAUCAUUUUACAUAAAGUGUCAAGAAGUUUUUUUUUGAAAAGUAGUUUUAUUUCAACUGAGUCCU